CAAAUAAACGACGAAUCUCCGGACUAUGCAACGAGCAACAGGAAGGGUUUACUCCAGCAUGUCGAUGGUGACAAAGAAGCAUUGGAAAGCAAACGGUGUCUGCGCGGAGGAGUGCCUACUCGGUCCUCUCUGUUUUUCAGACAACCGACGCCACCUUGUUUGGUAGAACCUGAACCCUCGGAUGCCAUUACCAUUUCGCAAGCCCCCCUGCCAGCAAGUGUGCAACCGCCAGCACCUGCCACACCUCGGAGAUCGCGAUUCAGAUCAGUAGAUGAACCAAGCUCAUGUCGAAAGGCGAGAUGUCUUCAAUUGUCUCCAAGUCCAAUUGGAGAAGAUUUUGCAGGAGAUGAUGAGGGCACUAGUUCUAGUAGCACCAAGAAAAUCCAGAUUGAUUCGCAUGGCAACAAAGAUGGAAAGAGCAACGUGCUUGGGCUGCACAUCCAGGACAGGAGAGACGAGAACCUCAGUUCUACUCAGGUCGCAGGAUUACAACAAGAAUUAGAAGAAGAAGGGGAAAACCUUUGCGAAACGUUUUCACGAACCGGUCCUCGUGACGUGGAAACUUCCAGCAGUGGCACGCUAUUCCAGUCGUUCCGGCCAACAUCGUCCCCGCUGUCUUGGUUCGCGCUUUGUGG